CGUGUUUCGCCCGGCCACGGCCGCUCGCGCCCGUGCCGCCCGCGACCGCGUCCAGCUCCAAGUAGAAAAAACGCAACGCACCAAGCCCGAAUGCCCCCGUCACGUCGCACGUAGCCGCGCGAGCGCGCGCGCCUCGCCUCGCCUCGCAUCCCCCAGCUAUCGACGCGAGCGAAGCAAACGCGUACGAGGCGAAGGCCGGCGACGACCAUGUCGUCGCGGGCGCCAGCGCCAGCCAGCACCAUGCUGCGCGCGGCAGGGAGCACGGGGGACCUGUGGGCGAAGGGGGCCGAGCUGGAGCGGGACUUCGCCGGGUACAAGCGGCGGCUCGCCGAGAGGAGGGCGCAUGCCGCCGCCGAUCGCGCCGGCGGCGCCGAGGACGAGCGGGAGGCGGAGGAGCGCGGCGAUGGGGACGUGGCCGGCCACGUGAGGGGGAGGAGGUACGAGGAGUACGUGAGGAGGAGGGACGAGAGGCUGCGCCAGGAGUGGCGCGCGCGCAUGGAGCGUAAGGAGGCCGAGAUGAAGGCGCUCUGGGCGCGCCUCGACCGUGCCGGCUCCCGCGGCCGACGCAGCGGCGACGGCGACCUCACGGCCGUCGGCCACGCCGCAGAGCAAAAGCCCUGGAAGUUGGAGGUGAAAGUGAAACCAAUCGCCCCUGUUACGCCAAGAUGCAGUCCAGCCACGAAGCUCGCGCGUCCCCGGACAAGCAUGCCACCGUCACCGGCGGCAGCCAGCCCGAGGCUGUCCACCCCCAGGCGGCGAUCGUCGCACCUGCACCGGGGCAUGCCGCAGGCGGAGCCACCCACCACCCCACGGAAGGAGAACAGGUUGCCACCGCCGUCCACCGCGGCGGCGGCGUCAGCCGCGACGCCGAGGCCAAGAAUGGCAUUGUCACGAAGCAGGAGCCUGCUCAAGGACCGCGGCUGCUCCUCCGUCAGGGAGAGCCCGAGGACGCCGCAGUUCCAGCCGCCGCGGUCGAGCUGCGAUAGCGUCAGUAACGUGAAAGAACCGCCUCCGCCGCCGGACGCCGAUGCCAUUGCCGUGAUGCAGAGCGGUCCCUGUUUCAGUGAGCAUGCCGUUCUCGCCGACCUCAAGAAGGCUUCUGCCGUUGCUCCCGAGCCGUUUCGUCUUAGGAGAUCAGGCAAUGGCUCCGAGGCCACAUCACCGCCUUUGGUGAUUCCCAGAGACGAACCUGACUGCAGCGAGAUUGCUCGGGCCGGUGGUGGCAAUGCCGAUGACAAAAGCAACGAUGAGGGUGUCGUUCAAUCUUCUGACAAGUUUGGGAGUGUAGAGAUCACCGGCGACUCCGACACCGAGCCAAGUUACGUGUACAUCAAGAAGGACAGCGAUGAUCAGGCACUGAAUAUUCCUGCAACAGCUUCAGACGCUGAGCCAACGUCUGAGGACAGGGACAGCGGCAAUGUCGAAGACGCCAUGGAAUCAUCAGACGCCAACGCCAUCGCCAUCGCCAGAGAAAGCCCGGUGGCUGACACAGAAGAAGCGUCCCGGAGGGCGAGCUCCGAAUCACUGUACUCAAACGUGCAGUCCUCUUUCUCCCAAAGAUCAGUGCUGAACACCUCGGCCACGGAUUCCCCGCUCCAGAGCCUGGCGUCAUGCAGCACUCCACCCACCGUGCCAUCGCCGGAAUCCGACGCCGCACGGAUAAGAAAGAACCCUGAAGAGGAGGAUCCCGAGAAGAGCCUACCGAUCCCGACCACUCCGAGAUGCAGCGUUACCGUUUCCAUCACCGUGCAGUCACCGAUGGAUGCGAUGACCGGACUCAAGCGGUUCCUGACCUUUGGCAAGAAACACGGUAAUGGAGGCGAGGCUGCGGUCGUCGUCGAGCGCGCGCCGCAUUCCCUGGCCUCUAGACCUCCGGUUGGUGAUGGCAGCAUGAGUGGACGGCCAUCGGGUGAUUCCAUCAAGGCGAGAUUGGGCUCCUACGAUGCUGCUGCUGCUGCUACAGAUGAUCUGGACAACAGUUAUGUCAUCUCUCCACACGUUCGAUCCUUGCAAAGCUUUGUGCCAUCUUACCCAGCAAAUGCAGAACUGAAGGAAGCAGUUCCGCACGUCAAAUCACCAAGAGUACAUCGAUCGUUCUUCUCGUUUUCAUCGUUCAAGUCUAGAGCAAACUGAUGCCGCGCACAGACUACGCAGUUGCUGUGCAUUUCAGAUUUGAGGGUUCGUUGCUGUACAUGGCAUUCUAAGAUUCUUGGUUCACCUGAUACGGCAAUCAGUGAUGUUUGGAUUCUGUAGGAUUACAGCGCUGCGGAUGACUGAAUUGUUGGUCAUAUGAGUCCUGAAUAUGGUGCCAAGUCUAAAUUUUUCUUACAUAAAACUUCUUGCAGUAAAAGAAGAUAAGUAAUAUUUUUUAUCCAUGCAGUCAAGCAUUUAAAAAAAUAUCAAUAUCUUUUAUGGAUAUUUAUAGCGAACAUAUAUGAAAGUAAUAUGUGCAGACACUGCAAAAGGAACAAUAUGUUUAGGUUUGCUUCAAAAACAUAUCGAUAUAAUUUUAU